UUCAAAAUUUCUCUCCGUGAGACAAUUUUCUUUUUCGUUACUCACGACGCGAAAACCGAUCGCGUAAUGGUUAGUUUAUAUAGUUUCCGUUUCAAAUGUUUCGCAUACACAGAGAAUCUCGAGACGAUAAGAAAAAAGAGAAAAUUCAGCGUCUAAUUUCUUUUCCAUGUGAACCACGUUGCCCGAUUGCGCUUCCUGUAUUUUACGAAGGUGGGGAACACGUGGGCCAGACUAAAGAAAUUGCUCUUCUCUACACAGAUAUCGCAGUAUCUUGUCGACUUCCACAGGUUGAACACAGCUUAGUGGAAAUUUUGGAUCUCGUAUUGAAACAACACUUAUGACAUUUGCUAUCUAAAAUUCGGUGUGAUAAUUUGUGGAACGAUUUAUUCCAUUUGGAGAGUAGUUUGCACGCGAUGACGUUGCUACCACCGACUGUAGAACAACAGAAACGGAUAAACGAGGCGGUUCCAACGGAUCCGGAAGUGAAGAAACGCGAUGUGGCUGCCAUACGCGAGUGGCUGUCGAAACAACCUCAUCUACCUAAUCAUAUGGACGAUGCGAGGCUUGAAAGAUUCCUAUUUGGUUGCAAAAAUAGCAUAGAGCGAUGCAAGAUGAUUUUGGAGAGAUAUUUCAGCGUGCGUACGGCGAUUCCAGAAUUUUUCGCGGUUCGAGAUCCGUUUGCGCGAGAAAUUCAAGAAUGCUGCGAAGCAAUCAAUUAUUUCGUCUUACCAUCAUUAACCGACGAAGGACACCGCGUAACUAUCUUGCGAUUAAAAGACACUAGUACAGAGAGGUUUUCUAUCCAAGCUAUCUCCAGGAGGAUUCUUAUGGUUCUGGAUACUCGUUUAAUGGAAGAACGUUGUCUAUCAAACAUUAUGGUUAUCGAUCUCGAGGGAUUCAGCAUGAUUCAUUUUACGAAGUGCAGUCCAACGCAGAGCAUCGUCCGGAAGUCGAUGUUGGCAGUGCAAGAUAGCAUGCCAUUAAGACUGCAUAGAGUCCACUUCCUUCACGCGCCUGCUUUCAUUGAAAGUAUUCUAAAUAUAUUUUACCCUCUAUUAAAGGAUCGACUUGUACAGAAAUUUUGCAUUCAUACCGGUGGUGGUGAGGAAUUAUACCCUUACAUGGACAAGGAUAUACUUCCAAACGAGUGGGGUGGGAAAGCAGGCACUCUGGAUGAAUUAAAUGACGCGUGGAAAAAGAAAAUUGAGAAAAACAGAGAUUGGUUUUUGCGAGAAGAAAAGCUUAGCCGAACAAACGAAAAAGCCAGAGUUCCAGAAUCUAAAUCAAGACUUCUGGCAGAACUGGAUGGAUUACAGGGUUCUUUCAGACAAUUAAAUAUUGAUUAA